UUGUGUGUCCUGGAAGGUCAAUAGUUCAUUUCUAUCCCAGUCCAGCUGACGCUCUUUCACCUUUGCUCCAUACUGCCCUGCACACGGAGCUUGGAUCCAGCUCUGUUACCGUUAGCUUACCCUGAGUGCUGAAAUUAGUAACUAUUUGACUCUACUUCUGGUAACCGGAUACAGCAUGGAGGAUAGCUGCACUUUCUUGUACUUUGCAUAUGGUAGCAACCUGCUAAAGGAGCGACUGCAGCUCAAGAACCCGUCCGCAAUGUUACAUUGUGUGGCCAGAUUAAAGGACUAUAAAUUGAUAUUUGGGAAUUAUAAAGGCCUUGCCAGUGAGCGGUGGCAUGGAGGUGUGGCCACCAUAGAGCACAGUCCAGGAGAUGAAGUGUGGGGGGUGGUAUGGAGGAUGAACAAGUCUGACCUCAAAUCUCUCGACAGUCAAGAGGGUGCGUACAGCGCUGUGGAAAUAUCGGUUCGGACAAAAAGCCGGGAGCUUUGUUGCCGCACCUACUUAAUGAAUAGCUGUGUGUAUGCCCCACCAUCACCACAGUACCUACUGGUGAUUGUGAUGGGAGCAGAGCAAAACAGAUUGCCUAAGGACUACCAGGAGAAGCUAAGAGCAAUCGAGACCAACAAGUAUGAGGGUCCUCUACCUCUGAUGGUUGAGCUGGAGCUUGAGUGAGCCAGAGAAGCAGAAAGACACAACCUAUCUGAAACCUGAUACAACAAACUGUUGUUUUCUGGUGUACUUGUUUCAUUAGUAGUGGCAAACAGGCUAAAAUAAAGUGGGGUGUCAAGUGUACUGUCAUUUAUAGUCCUUGGGGGUCGUUUGACAAUUAACAUUAAGACAAAAAUCAAGAUUGGCAAGAUCGAGGGCUGUGUUUGUUCAAAGAUUCACCUGUCCCUCUCAUUGAGGGUAUUUGAAGUGUUUCAAAGAGGUUAGCUGUGAAAUAUUAUGGAAACAGCACAGUAGUGCCUUCUCUGUAAAA